AUGAAUACAGUCUGCAGACUAUCUGCAGAUGAUGUCUCAGUCGACGGUGACAAGACAGUCAACGCCACGAAUGCCAGCAACCUGGAGGAAUGUAAGCAGAAAUGUGAACAACUUGGCGAGGACAACUGCACCGGUGUCGAAUACAACCACAAGUCACACAGGUGCGAGCUUUGGACUCGCCCAAUUCUGUCGCAUCGCAGCUGCUUAACUGGCCAUGACUGCCCCGAGGCAAACUUUUCGUGCCACACAAUGCAGUGCAAGGCUAUCGACCACCCAGUGCGCCUGCAAACCUCCGAGCGCAGCUUCCACGAUAGUUUUGGAAGGAGCAUCUCGAUCUCAGGUGACACUGUGGUAGUCGGCGCUCCAGGCGAUAAUGAUCGUGGUGACGACAGCGGGGCUGCUUACGUAUUUGUCCGCAAAGCGAACACUUUUGCGGAGCAGGCCAAACUUACCGCUGACGAUGGCUUUCGGAAUUCUUUCUUCGGCAAUAGCGUUAGCAUUGCAGGUACGAGGAUUUUGGUGGGGGCAUACCGCGAUGGUUUGAAUGGGAAGAAGGACAGCGGGUCAGCGUACGUGUUUCGGCGAGAUUUGGAUGUAUGGGAGCAGGAAGCGAAGCUGUCUCCAGAGGAUGCUGUGGAGAAUGCACGUUUUGGUUCGAGGGUCAGCCUUUUCGGAGACCUGGCUGUAAUCAUGUCGGCCGGGAAUGCCGCCAAGAAUGUGUCGGCGGCCAUCUAUCUCUUUCAUGUGAAAGGGAGAAGCUGGGUCCUGAAGGCCAAGCUGGCCUCUCCCAAAACUUUGACGAAUACCUCCAAAUUCGGGUCCAGCCUCAGCCAGAGCGCCGACACCAUAAUGAUUGGCGCUGAAGAGGACGACGUCAACGGUAAGGCCAGUGGGGCGGUAUAUGUAUACAGCUUCAACGGGACAAACUGGUCUCAACCCAUCAGGCUCGUAGCGAACGACACAGCGGCGGGAGAUCACUUCGGCUGCAGCGUGAGCUUGUCGGAGUCUGGUAAAACUUGCAUCGUCGGUGCUUAUGGUCAUCGUACCAAAGGAAAGGGCAGCGGUGCGGCGUACGUCUUCAAGCGGCAAGAGGGGCGAUGGGUGCAACAGCAGCAGCUGGCCUCUGAGGACCUUGAUGCAGACGACGGCUUCGGAAAAAGCGUCAGCACUUCUGAUUCCAUAGCCGCAAUCGGAGCCUUCGGCGACGAGCACGGUGGAGUUGACCGAAGUGGUUCGGCGUUCAUCUUCAUUUAUGCAGGCCGCAAGUGGGUGCAGCAGACCAGGCUGGCGCCAGAGCAGGCCAAGGCUGGUGCUGAGUUUGGCAGCGUCGCAAGCAUAUCUGGGCACAUGGCAACCUUCUCUACCAGCGCUGAGCAGGUGUUUGUUUUCCCGGCGUAUCUCACCCAGGUUUGUCCCUCAACACAGCGUUGA